CAAAACGAGGGAUUCCGACCAACCACAAGUCCACAGCUACGCCACUAUUUUAAUUGAAAGAAAGGGACUAGAACAACACGGAAUAGAAUAUGAUGAUCAUCUUUCUUCCUCCUCUGGUUUUCCUCCACAUCAGACACCGCUGUCCCUCUUUUUCCAGAGAAACAAACCACCCAAUUUACCCAAACCAAAUCUCUCACACAUACCACACCUAUCUCUCCACAUAUAUAAAAGCCCUAUCCUUUUUGGAUUUUCCUAAACCUAAAUCAUCGCCUUCUUCUUCUCUGUUUCUUUGAAUCAAAAGAUUGCUCUGUUUUUUUUCUUCUUUUUUACCCAAAAAAAAAGAAAAGAAAAGGAAAAAGAUUGCUCUGUUUCUGACUAUGGGUGCUGGGUUCUCGUUGUUUAAGGUGGACCCAGUUGGGUCUUUGCCUCUGCAAUCAAGGCCGGGUCUUGGGGAUUUGCCGGAGAGCUGUGCGGCGGAGAUUAUGAGGUACUUGGACCCGCCGGAGAUUUGCAAGCUGGCCAAGAUGAAUCGGGCUUUUCGUGGGGCUUCCUGGGCCGAUUUUAUAUGGGAGUCGAAAUUGCCGAGUAAUUAUCAGAUUAUUGUGAACAAAGUGUUUGGUGAUGGGUUGGGAAAUUUGGGGAAAAGAGAUGUGUAUGAGAGGCUUUGUAGGCCUAACCCCUUUGAUGGGGGAGCCAAGACGGUUUGGCUGGAUAAGAGCACAGGAUCUGCUUGCUUGUCCAUUUCGUCCAAGGGAUUAGCAAUCACUGGAAUCGAUGAUCGAAGAUAUUGGAAUCAUAUUCCUACCCAAGAAUCUAGAUUGCUGAUGAACGUCCAAGUGUUGCGUCCGAUUUGCUUGCUCGAAUUUGCCACAGUAUUAUAUGGAUUCAGAACUGUUGCAUAUCUUCAGCAAAUAUGGUGGUUUGAGGUAGAUGGGGAGGUUGAGUUCCCAUUUCCAGCUGGUAAAUACAGCUUGUAUUUUAGGCUGCAGCUGGGACGCUCUUCUCAGAAGAGGUUUGGUCGCCGUGUUUGCAACACUGAGCAUGUCCAUGGCUGGGACAGAAAACCAGUGAGGUUCCAACUAUGGACUUCAGAAGGUCAGUCUGCCUCAUCCGAGUGCUUUUUAACUGAACCUGGGAAAUGGAAUCACUACCAUGCUGGGGACUUUGUCGUGGAAAACCCAAAUGCAGCAACAAAGAUUAAACUCUCGAUGACCCAGAUUGAUUGUACACACACCAAAGGCGGACUCUGUUUAGACUCUGUAGUUAUAUACCCUAGUGAAUUUAGAGAAAGGUUGAAGCAGUUUUAGUUUACGCUUUGCCUUGCGGAUAGGAAGUUCUGUAUCAUAUAGAGAUAGUCUAUCUUCAGAAGGAAGCGAAUUUAGUGAGUGCUUCUUUUGAACCCUCAGUAUGUAAGGGAAGAGUUGUGUACAUCCAUGUAUCUCUUUGUUCAAGCGUUAAUUGGUUUAUUUGAUGACUAUUAAGAUAUUGUAAGCUUGUCUCCACAAUCUGUAUGAGACUUUUCUUAUUGCAAUUUUGC